GGGGGCGCGGGCGCGCGGCCCGGGGAGGCCGCGAUGGCGAACGCCAGCGAGCCGGGCGGCGGCGGCGGCGGCGAGGCGGCCGCGCUGGGCCUCAAGCUGGCCACGCUCAGCCUGCUGCUGUGCGUGAGCCUGGCGGGCAACGUGCUGUUCGCGCUGCUCAUCGUGCGGGAGCGGAGCCUGCACCGCGCCCCGUACUACCUGCUGCUCGACCUGUGCCUGGCCGACGGGCUGCGCGCGCUCGCCUGCCUCCCGGCCGUCAUGCUGGCGGCGCGGCGGGCGGCGGCCGCGGCGGGGGCGCCGCCGGGCGCGCUGGGCUGCAAGCUGCUCGCCUUCCUGGCCGCGCUCUUCUGCUUCCACGCCGCCUUCCUGCUGCUGGGCGUGGGCGUCACGCGCUACCUGGCCAUCGCGCACCACCGCUUCUACGCCGAGCGCCUGGCCGGCUGGCCGUGCGCCGCCAUGCUGGUGUGCGCCGCCUGGGCGCUGGCGCUGGCCGCGGCCUUCCCGCCCGUGCUGGACGGCGGCGGCGGCGACGACGAGGACGCGCCCUGCGCCCUGGAGCAGCGGCCCGACGGCGCCCCCGGCGCGCUCGGCUUCCUGCUGCUGCUGGCCGUGGUGGUGGGCGCCACGCACCUCGUCUACCUCCGCCUGCUCUUCUUCAUCCACGACCGCCGCAAGAUGCGGCCCGCGCGCCUCGUGCCCGCCGUCAGCCACGACUGGACCUUCCACGGGCCCGGCGCCACCGGCCAGGCGGCCGCCAACUGGACGGCGGGCUUCGGCCGCGGGCCCACGCCGCCCGCGCUCGUGGGCAUCCGGCCCGCGGGGCCCGGCCGCGGCGCGCGCCGCCUCCUCGUGCUCGAGGAGUUCAAGACCGAGAAGCGGCUGUGCAAGAUGUUCUACGCCGUCACGCUGCUCUUCCUGCUGCUCUGGGGGCCCUACGUCGUGGCCAGCUACCUGCGGGUGCUGGUGCGGCCGGGCGCCGUCCCGCAGGCCUACCUGACGGCCUCCGUGUGGCUCACCUUCGCGCAGGCCGGCAUCAACCCCGUCGUGUGCUUCCUCUUCAACCGCGAGCUGCGGGACUGCUUCCGGGCCCAGUUCCCCUGCUGCCAGAGCCCGCAGGCCGCCCAGGCCACGCUCCCCUGCGACCUGAAAGGCAUCGGCUUAUGAGGGGCCCGGACCACCUCUCCCCGCACCCGUCCUGUCUCCGGAAUUCUCUCUUCACCCCCAGCCCCACCCCACCCCAUCCCGACCCCCUCUUCCCUCUCCAUUUCCUAAACUGCCUUCGAAAUGACUCAGUGGGUGCAGCGCGUGGAUUGUACAGACUCCUCCGGAGGAGGGAAGGGGGGGUGGGUGUUCCAGGUCCAGCCCAACCCAGUUCCGCGCCUUUGUCCUCCUGAAUAUGUUUUCAUCCUGACAAUAGGCCCUGGAGCCCUUUGUACCGGUACUGACGUCUUUUCUUCCCCGUGCUAUUACUUUUCCUUUUCUAAAAUAAAGGCUGAACUAAUUUUCUUCAUGCAACGUUUCCUAAAGACCAUGGCCAGUUUUCUACAGAAGCUAUUUUUGACAACCUCAAGUGGCAUUACAUUUUGCGGUGCAGAAGAGGAACCUUGGGGACUUCGCAAGUUCCAUUUAUUGAGGGUCUUCUGUUGGAGGCAGGAGAAAGGCGGGAGGGGGGUGGGCGGGCAGAAGGGAGGAGGCAGAGUGUCUAAAAUGCCCUCUGAGUUGUCGGCCUUGAGCCUUGGAGUGCUUUGGAAGUAGGGAGCACUUUGUUCAGUGUUGACAGUGAAUUUAAAGAGCAUCAGUGGCAAGGCGCGUGUUUUGUUUUGUUUUUCCUUUAAAGCAGUUAACAGGAUUUGUUUCCUACUGUAUGCACAUUACUGUAUGCACAACUGCUCUCUGUAUCAUACCAAUACUGAGUGGAAACAUUUCUGUAAAAUUGUAACUUUUAAAGAGUUAAAAAGUGUUUGGGUUAGUAAUGGUGUGGAGAAACUCCUAAGUAUUGCAUGAUUUUGUCUGUGCUGGUUAUGGUUCAUGGAUUGGGAGGGCACUGAGAAGCGAAGUACUAAAUGACAGUUGUUUAAGGUUUUGUGUGUCUUUUUUUGCCAAUAAAACUUUAAAUGAUUUUGGGGACAGCUUGUGCUUUGAGAAGCCUGGUUUAUUCUGUCUUAACCAAUUUCCACUUUGAAAGUUGUUCUUUUAUUCAUGGUAUAAAUGAAUUGAAUAAAUAUGAUACUCUUCUUCUAUGAGACAAAGCAUUUCCUUAAAAUGUUUGCUAGGUUAAGCUGUGCUGUUCUACUGAUGGUUGUUUUAAAUUAAUCACGAGAACUAUAAUUUUAAAUAUUUCUUUGUUAGACAUUGCAAUGUUAAACUGAAGACUAAAUUCUGCAAGUACUGUAUAAUGUUUUUUGCUUAUAAUGCUACAUUUUUAUUAAUGUACCUUCCGUUUUGAGGAUUUAUAUCUGUAUCUCUCUUUGCAUUAUACAAAUAUACCAGUAUUUUCACUCUGGA